AUGAAGUUCAUUUACGGCGCCCUGCUCGUCCUGGGCUUAGCGAUUUUUGUUCAGGCCUCUGUGGCCCGCUCCCGGGACAAUGACAAGGACUCGACCGCCGAUGAGACUCCCCAGCAGACCAGGCUGCGUAUCUUACGAGAGCCCGUCCAGAUCGAGGCCCGGAGCCUGCAGCAGCUUAUGGCCCUGAAGGGGUCUGGUUGCCCACCACCUGCCCCCACCGGCACCACUACCGGGCCGACCACCUCAGGCCCGACAACCACAACAAGCACAGUCGUCCCGUCGCCAACUACCAGCACGGGAUCCUCCAGCUCCAGCGCAACCCCCUCCGCCACCACCACCGGCACAUCUACAGCUAGGAAGGAAAGUAAUCGCAAUUUAAAUGAUGACUUGGACGAUGACUUUGAGGAUGAUGGGGAGGAGCAGAUGCAGGAGAAGUACUUCCGUGACGAGAAGGACGAUAGCGAGAACGAUUUGGAGCAGAACGAUGAGGAGGAGGAUGAUGAUCACAACUAUGGUCUGGUAGUGGGAGCGAAGCGUUCCGACUCAUCCAGCGUCCGCCGCGGUAGCACCAACUCCGCCCGCAAUCCCGACAACCUCUCCAACAGCGAACUGAUGCGCGAAUGGGAGCUGCGCCGGCAGAAGGACAUGAAUGAUCGACUGCGGGAGCAGCUGAAGGCAACCCGCCGCCGCUCAAACGCCAACCGUCGCCGCGCUGCCAACAAGCGACGCCGCCAGCGCCGCCGCAGCCAGGCCAAGCGUCGGCGCAACAACCGCCGCAGUGCCAAUGCCCGCCGCCGCUCCAACAGACGCCACCGCAACGCCCGUCGUCGUCUGCGCCGCAACAGCCGCAUCAACCGCCUGCGCCAGCGUCGCCGUCUCAACCGCCGCCGCAACUAA